GUAACUUAGUUUUUCGCAUCAAACCACACAUCACAUAUUUUUCCUACCAAGAUAUAAAAACAUCAGAGUUCUUUUCUACUUCAUUUUCCUCUCUACACGCUUCCAUUCAUACAAAAGUAUUUUCACACACAUAAUCACACGUGCACUUCAUCGAUCAAAACCUAAUUAGACUCACUACAAUUCGCACACAUCAAAUAAUCUCUUGUUCUCCAAUAGCAAACGCGAUCCUACCAAUGCGCAUAACCGAAACAUUUUACACACAUCCAUUCAAAAUAAUUAAUCGAGUCGACCGAGAGCGACAUACAUCGGCUCACCAUAAAUAAACCCAAUCGAUGUUUGUAAGGACGAUGGCGAUUCCGAUUUGUGCAUCGCUCCGAGCAUCCGACGAGCGUUGAACGACUUGCCUUCUCCACGCAAAACACGGGGUUCCUCGCCUCCACAAAAUAAAAACAAAACAACACAUAUACACAAUUUAAUCACCGGAGAACAAUGCCGAUGUGGAAUCAAACAAAGAUCAUCGUCGUCUCACCGGGGUGAACGUCGUCGAUGUUGGGGCUGCGCAGAUCCGGCGAAGUGAGACGCGUAGACGGUCGAACUGCACAGAUCAACGACACGACAUGGGCUGUCCCCAAAUACCAAUGCGACGGCGUGGGUCGGGACUGCGCAGAUCGAGCGAAGCACGCGAUGCAGAGGGGAUCCAAGGCUGCUGUUUUGGACCGGCAUCGCUGCGCACAGAACUUGGAUGCCAUGGCUGCCGGCAGAACAGGGGUUCCUUGCUGUCGCACUAGGGGAAAAGGAGGUAGGAGGCGAGCAGCAGCAGGGGAGGGGAUGGUGCUGUCCUUGGCUGGGAGAGCUUGCGCGCACUGCUCUGAUGCCGGUCUGGAACAGAGAGGAAAAAAAGGAGGGCGCCGUUGGGGAGAGGAGGAAGGCAACUUGGGGAAGAUUGCAGGGGGCGCUUGGUAGAGAGAGAGAAGCAGGGGCGAGCUCAAGGCGCUACUGGCUUGGGCGUCCAUGGCGGCUGGAGGAUGAAGACAAUGGGAAAAACUGCUCGCAGGGGGAAAGGCCGACUGGAAAAAUGGAGGCUAGGGCGAGCUCGGCUGCUGCGGUGCGAGGAAGAAGGAGCAGGGGCGCCAUGGACGACGGCGAGGAGGAUGUCGCCGAGGAAUGGGAGCUGCUGCUCCACGCCAUGGACAUGGAGUUCGGCGGCCCUGGAAAAAAUGGAGCCCACGCCUGGGCUGGUGAGCGUCUGCUCCAAGGGAGCUCGGCCAUGGAGCAGAAGGGGCGCUGCUGCCCUGCACGCUAGAGCUUGGGGAAGGCUGGGCGCAGGGAGGAAGAAGGUG